UAAACGGGUUGCAGGCAGGGUAAAGGUGCACAGGGAAAUAACCUUGCAGGGAGAUCCUCCCUCCUCGGGGAGCACAGUCUCUGGGCAGUGCAGAUCCCUGCGGGUCCAACAGCACCUUGGCCUUGAUGCCUGCACAGCUUUCGGGGGCUCUCUGAGACUCACAGAAAGCAGAAAUGUCUUUCAGCAGAAGGAACUGGUCUGAUCUCUCCAGCCUGGCCAGGCAGAGGACCCUUGAGGAUGAAGAAGAGCAGCAAAGAGAGCGCCGGCGAAGGCACCGGAGCCUGCUGUCCUCCACGUCGACAGAUGAAGAACCUUCUAGCCCUAGGAAAGACACUAGUCCAGCUUCCAGCAGACCUCCAUCCCUGGUGAAGCCAGUGCCUCCAGAGGACAGGGAAGAGCGAAAGCUCUCGGAGGUGCUGAAGACACAAGAAGGGAGACGGACAAGGUCCACGAUGGCUGUUUCUGAAAAGCUGAGGCAGGAGAAGGAGCAGCAGGAGCCAGGGGUGGGAGCAAGCCGCGUGGAGGCGAGGAUGCAGCUGCGUGCAGGGCAGCAGAGCAUCCAGGCUGGAGAGCAGGAUCAGGAUGUGGCCAAGGGCAGAGGGGACCCACCGAGAGAACAGCACCCAGAGCCGGCCUCGGAGAGGAAGGUGGUGCUCAGGGGACGGCUCCAAGACAAAGAGAGACAAGGUGUGGAGACUCCUCGGGGGGAGCCAAGGAAAGAGGUGGGGGAGCCACAGCAGCAGCCAGAGCUGGGGGGCUGCCGGCUCCGUGAAGUGAAGAUCCUGACCAGACAGGGAAGCCGCAGCAUGGAGGAGAAGGCAGCCUUGGUGGUGACCUCAUCUCUGGACCAGCAGCAGCCAUCCAGGAAUCCCUCAAAGGAGGUAAUACAGCCAUCUCCCACCCGAGAUGAACCUGCAGAAAAGUCAGAUACUUCUCCAGCUCUUGUCACCUACAGCAGCUCCAUCAGACGAACCAGCCCAAGAACUGUCUCCUUUCGAGUGAUUUCAAGAAAACAGAAAGAAGAAAGCCAAAGCCCUCUCACAAGGAGCACAAGUCUGAGGAUCCCAGGUAGCAGCACCACCAUUGGGGAGAAGCUGGAAAAGUACACCUCAGCCGUCCAGCGCUCAGAGGUGGUGAAAUCAUCCCUGAAUAUUCAGAAGAGCCGCUUGCUGUCCUCGGAGGGGGUGGCCAGCAAACGCAACUUCUUCGAGGCAAGCGUUCCCAGCAAGGCUGAGCCACUUGCUGUCAGGAAGGACAACCUGAAGAUCACAGGUUCGGUGACGUCCCGCAUUAAUCUGUGGAUCAGCCGAGCUCAGGAGCCUGCCAAGGAGGAAAAGAGCAAGGACAUCAGGAAAGUCAACAGCCUGUCAAACCGUGAUGUCUGGGUAAAGCAGCCUGGAGACGCCCCUGAAGACACCAAGUUGUAAUAAUAUCACCAGGUGACCUGGGAAAAAGUGUUUUGUUCUGAAGGUCAAAGCCCAGCCCUACCCAACCAUCCAGCAGCCCACUGCCACGAGAGUUCCCCAGCCACGUGUGGGUGCACCUCAGGUUGCCAGGGUCCUCCGCUUGUGGGAUGCGAAGGAAGAAGGCUGGAAGAUUAUCCCUGCACCCCCAGCCCUCGCUCGCUGCCUGUCCAGGAGUGUCCAGACCUGGAGGCUCAUUGCGGAUGCUGAAGGCAGACUCUUGCCUUGUUUUCCCACAAAGUUUUUAUGUUUUGCUUUUAAUCUCUGCCUGUGUCCCAAAACUGUGCUUGUAAAGAAGAUCAUCCCAUGUGUCUCCCUUGCAGCUGGAUGAUGUCAGUGGGGCAAGAAGCUGCCUGGCCAAGGGAGUUUCAGCUGCAUAUCUGCGGACCGUGUCCAUCCCUGCUGCCUGGCUCGUGUUGGGUGAGGUAGAUGUCACCCCUCCCCCAGGCUGUCACUGCUGGAGGGACCUAACCAAAGGCAAAUGGUGUUUGCGCAGUCACACGUGCGCCGGUGUAACUUGGAGAUGCCUCGUGGGAGAAGGGUGGACCUGAUGGCCCUGGUGCUUCCCUCCAGCAUGAAGCUGAGGCAGAGCCAGAGACUUGGCCUUCUCUACCCUGCCCUUACCGUCCCGUGCAAGCAGUGGCCCCUUUCGCUUAGGGAAGGGUGGGCUGACCACAGCCCUAUUUUUGAGGUUGCAUGGAGCUGAGUGCCCUGGGCUGGGCCCCUUCUGCAGUGCCCUUUUUCCUGGAGCCAUUUGCCUGUGCCUGAGCAGACCCCUGGUCCCACUGCCCGGGUUGCUCAGCACACCCAGCAGGGAUGCACGGUGCUCUCUUGAGGCCGGCUUUAGGGUGCCAUGGGCAGCCCAUAAAAUGAUGCUCAAAUCCUUGUGCCAGGGCCAUUCAACGGGCUAGGGCUGUGCCUUGAGCAAAUGUUGUGGUGUCCAAACUCGGUGUGGGACUCUAUUGCUGCCUCUGGAUCUGAUCUUGCUUGUCGGGCUUUGGAAAGGACUUGGUUUUCUCUGUGGCUUUUUUUUUUUCUCUUUUCUAAUAAAAGUUGCUCUUUCUAAGACAUCCCA